AUGUCUACUCCAAACAAUCAGGCCAUCGACGCCGUGGGUACCCAGCCCUUCCAUCCCCACCGUCCUGCCCAACACGCUCAUCGCGAGAAAUGGCACCAUCCCGGCAUCAAAGUCAGUGAAGCCGACAAAGCCCCCGAGUUCCACGCCAAAACCCUCCCGCCCGGCACCGCACCAGCAGGAAGCUCCUACCAACCAAACCCCAUCAACGAAGUGCCCGGCCAAGCCAACAACGAGGACACUCUGCGCGGCCACGGCAAGGAGCGGACUUACACAAACCCUCUCGACACGUUGCCCGGCGCUACAUCCAAGGAUGUGCAUAUAAACAAUGCCUUCUCAAGGCCCAUGAUUGGACAGACUAGCAACGAACUGCGUCAUGAUGGUAAACACAGACGUAAGCAUUAUGGUUCAGGCUUGGAAGGCGUGGGCGCAACUGCCCCCCCAAAGCAUACUGCACGCUCAAUUGGGGAUUCACAAAAGGUUGAUCCCAGAUAUAAUCCUAGUCAGAGGGCGUUGGAUCGUGAGGAGGCCAAGCCAGGUACGCGUAGUACUAAGGGUGCUCUCGGGGCGGAGGAUUUGCCCCCUCAGUCGGCGGAGAGUGUUGCCAGUGAGCGGCGUUAA